AAAGAAACCAGGAAGAAAUACCUCGUUGUUGAUUCUAUUUGCGUAAAAUAUGCCUGCAAAACGGCCAAAAUACUUCACUCCUAACGAAGUUAGCAUACAUAAUACGUUGAAGGAUCUCUGGGUGUCUUUUCUUGGGAAAGUUUAUGAUUUAACUCCGCUUUGCGAGCAAGAAGCUGGCGAUGUUAUGCUUAAACCCAUCAUAGAAUAUGCUGGGAAAGACAUUACACAUUGGUUUGACAAGAAAACCAAAGAUAUAAGGACCCAUGUCGACCCAGUGACAAAUUGCAAGAAUUAUUACACGCCAAGGGGACGAUUUAUACACAUACCACCCCCCUGCCCUCGUACAGAUUGGGCAAAUGACUUUGGUCGUCCAUGGUGGAAGAAUGACACUUAUUGUAUCGGCGUCUUGUCAGGCAAGACUCGGAAGAUACGAAUAAUAAACACCCUAACCUCUCAGGAACAGAUUUUGGAGGUUUGUUCAGAAGAAAUCCUGACAGAAAUUCAAGACCGUUACAUUAAAUACAACAGUCAUGCUCCAAGCUACACUUGGAAAUACAAAGGAAAAAAUUUAGACAUGAAUAAGAYGCUCAUAGAAAAUGGAGUAGACGAUGAAAGUGAAGAAUUUUUCAAACUGGGAAUGAACGAAGAGCAAUUCUUACCACCCAUUCAUCUGUAUUUCAAUGACGACUUAACGGAAGCAUAAAUAGCAAAAAAUAAGGGUGUAGGAUGUGGUAAAUAAUGGCAAUAUUGUAUAAAGGCAGUUUUAAACUUUGUGGGUAAUAGUUUUAGAUCAGGAGAGCAUCAUUUUUUUAGAAGACCGCUGUAUUAUAAGCCAGCUAAAAAAUGUAAAUAUUUCAAUAAUUUUCAUUUUGUUUUUAUUAUUUAACUAUGAGUCAACGUUCUCGUAUAAACCAGUAGUCUGGGUUAUAUCCCUUGUAAAAUAAUUUAUCUAUCUUUGGUAUUUUGAAAAUUUCUGGGAUAUAACGCAUACUAAUAAACCAAUCACACUGUAAACAUAGUUAAUCUAGUUCCAAAACUAAGACAAGAUAUAUAUUUUAUGUUUAUACUUGCUUCUAAUGUAAAGAAAACUGUUUUAUAAAUUUUGGAAAUUACUUUCUCUACGUUUCUAAGCCGUUAAUAAACAAGAAACUCAAACAGCA